CGUCUGAGGCGGAAAGGCACACCGAGGGAGACGCCGCUGACAUGACCCGACUGAACUCUGUUGUGCCUUGAUUGAAAUCACGCUUCGUCUCCAUUAGAGGCAACAUUUCACGAUUUGGCGAGUUGAAAUCAAAUCUCAGGUGAGGACCUGGACCCCGAGUAUUUGAGCUAAAAAGUGGGCAUCCCUCGCUCACCUCCGCCCUCCUCACGAUGGGCUCUGUGACUUCCGCCCUGACGAGGACACGCCACGCGCUGGUCAAAGUGGGCUCGGAACCGGAGAGUCACGACCCGGAGAGGAGCCACUCGGCGCCCGAAUCGGCUCGGAAGAGGAGUCACAAGCCGCCCAGCCAAGUCGCUCGACAGACUUCCCGGCAGUUGCUCGUCUUGAACCGGGAGGACUCCAACGGAGCCAAGAAGGCAUCCGAAUUUCAACCGAACAAACUGUGCGUGGCAAACGAAGAUGGAGAAAGCUCAAGUCGACCACAGGCCAGUUUUGCACGCUCCAAGUCCCAAAGUGCUUUAUGGAACGCCAUCACAGCAGGGAUGGGCAUCAAAGGCAGAGAGCAGAAGACCCCCCAGAAUGACCUCCGGACACCUGAGGAGAUUCUGGCAGAUGAGCUCCCCCUGACGGACGAGGGGGAUGUCACAGAGAAGACGGCCAUCAGAUUAAGAUGUCUGGUCAAACAACUGGAGAGAGGCGAAGCUUCCCUCGCCGACCUCAAGAAGAACCUCGAGUAUGCCGCGUCUGUGCUGGAAUCGGUCUACGUCGAGGAGACCAGGCGCUUGGUGGACACAGAGGAUGAGCUCAGCGACAUCCAGUCCGAGUCGGUACCGUCGGAAGUGCGUGACUGGCUGGCCUCCACCUUCACACGCCAGAUGGGCCUGAUGCUGCGACGCAAUGAGGAGAAACCUCGUUUUCGAAGCAUCGUCCAUGCCGUCCAGGCGGGAAUAUUUGUUGAGAGGAUGUACCGACGCACCUCCAAUUUGGUGGGACUCAGCUACCCCCCUUCCGUUAUAUCUGUGCUGAAGAAUGUUGACAAGUGGUCAUUUGACGUGUUUGCUCUGAACGAGGCCAGUGGCGAUCACGCGCUUAAAUUCAUUUUCUACGAGUUGCUCACCAGAUAUGACCUCAUCAGCCGUUUUAAGAUCCCCAUUUCUGCGGUUGUGUCAUUUGUCGAGGCCUUGGAAGUGGGAUACAGCAAGCAUAAAAACCCCUACCACAACUUGAUGCAUGCUGCUGAUGUCACACAGACUGUUCAUUAUUUAUUACUCAAGACCGGCAUGGUGCAUUGGUUAACUGAGCUGGAGAUCUUUGCCAUGAUCUUCGCAGCGGCCGUGCACGACUACGAGCACACGGGGACUACAAACAACUUCCACAUUCAGACAAGGUCCGACACGGCUAUCUUGUACAACGACCGCUCGGUGUUGGAGAGCCACCACGUGAGCGCCGCCUACCGCCUGCUGCAGGACGACGACGAGAUGAACAUCUUGUACAAUCUCUCCAAGGAUGACUGGAGGGAGCUGCGUGCUUUGGUGGUGGAGAUGGUGCUGGCCACUGACAUGUCCUGCCACUUCCAGCAGGUGAAGGCCAUGAAGAACUUCCUGCAACAGCCUGAGGGCAUCGAUAAGCCCAAAGCCCUGUCCUUACUGCUGCACACCGCCGACAUCAGCCACCCGGCCAAAAGUUGGGACCUUCACCACCGCUGGACCACCUCUUUGCUGGAGGAGUUCUUCAGACAGGGGGACAAAGAAGCCGAGCUCGGCCUUUCCUUCUCGCCGCUCUGCGACCGAAAGUCCACAAUGGUGGCCCAGUCCCAGAUCGGUUUCAUCGACUUCAUCGUGGUGCCCACUUUCACCGUACUGAGCGACAUGAUGGAGCGCAUUGUCACGCCGCUCAUCGACGAGGCCUCGCACUCGGGUCUGGCGGGCUUCCGACGCUCCAGUCUGAACAGUAUUAGCUCGGAGGAGGCCAAAAGGCACAGCGUCAAGAGCUUGGCCUGCGACAGCUGCUCGUCGGGUCAGAGCCCCCUGCUGGCCGUGGACAUGAAGAACUUCAAAGCGCUGUGGAACGAGGAGGUCACCCAGAACAGGGAGCGAUGGAAAGCGCAGGCCACCAAAGAGGCGGAGGAACGAGCCAAAAGGGAGGCGGAGGAGCGAGCCCAGCAGGAUGACGCCAUGGAACCUCAGGAGGACAGCGCCGACUCGACCGAGUCCAAAGACGACCAACAAGAAGCGGGAGACCAGGAGGCGGAGUCAAAGCCAGACGCUGAUGAAGCGACAUCGCCGCCUGGGGGCGCCGCACAUAAGAGUCCCUCGCUGCAGAACGGAGAGUUGUCUGAAGGCGCAGACUCUCCGGGAAGGGAAGAGACCAAAAACAUGGCGAUUGAUGCGGAGGUGGCUAUGGAAUGAGAACGCCGACCUGGACCACGGAGGGUGGGAAAAGCCAAUUACUUGGACUUUGUCGCCCUCUAGAGGAUCACGCGAUACUGACUGACGGCUUCACUUUAGGAGUUUUUGUUUUGUACAUAUUCCGCCACGAUUUUGUCCCCUGGACAUCUUAGCAACUUUUACUUUGUAGUUCUCCAUAGUUUCAAGCUUGGUGAAAUGUUACAUUUAAACUGCAAAGAGGGAAAAAUGUUCAUGUUCUUUUUUUUGUGUGUGCAUCCUAUUCAUUCUUUUUUUUUUUUUUUAAAGUAAAUGGCUCCUAUUGCUAACGCAACCUGUCACGUAAAACACUUUUUUCUUUCCAAAACAACAUAUCGCACAUUUUUUUUUAACUUAUUUGUUCUUCUGAAUGCCUUGUCUUGUUUUUUUAAAUGUGCUGCUUUUCCCCUGCUCUGCAACUCUAAGAUGCAAAUAUUGCUGACUGUGCAUAUGUAAAAUAAUAAUUCUCUGCUUUCGCUGUUAUCGUAAAUGCAUACUUGUAGUUAAGC